AAGUGGUCGAUCAUACACCGGAUUGUGCGAUCGCUCAUAGGUUGAGAUUUUUGGAAUAUUUUUUUUAGCUAAAAUGGAUCGUGGAUUUUUUCUUGCCGUCGUGGUUUUAGCAGUUUUAGUCAACUUCAUUCAAGGUUCAGCUGAAGAUAAGCCUAAUGUGAUGAGACGAACCUCACUUCUAGAAAAACUUGGCAUGGAAUUACACAGGGAUCCACACCACCAUGUUUAUAAACCUUACAAACCAUACAAAAAGCGCUGUUACUGUGGACCUAAGCGACGCUAUUACCGGAAGGGUAAGGGUGGUUCUGACUCCGACUCUGACUCCGGCUCUGACUCCGACUCUGACUCGGACAAUGGUGGAUCUCCCGGAUAUUAUCGGAAGUACGGAAAAUACAAGAAAUACGGGGGAUACAGGUAUCGGGGAAACCGUUCUUCAGAUGAGGAGUAGAGAAUCAAUAUUGAAUGCACCACUGGACGGAAUCUCAGUAUGAAAGGACAAGGACUAUGUGGAACUGACGGAAUAUCGAUACAAAAAGAAAUAGAAAGGAAAAAAACAGGGGAAACUCUGCUACGAUUAUGAAUUUGCUUUUUUUGAUCUUACAGCUUUCGUUUUUGCAUUCUUUUUAAAUAUUGUAGCCUAGUAAUAAUUAAAAUUAAAUAUCUAACUCUCAAAA